AUGUUCCUCAAGACAUCUAUCCUUACCUUGGCCAUUUCCAUUCAGUUUGCCCUGGCUGCUUCUGUUUCUAUUCUUUCCCCCAAGGCUAAUGCACACUGGCACAUUGGCGAGACGGUUGAGAUUAAAUGGAAACUUUCUGAUCCCUCAGCCACGGGAAACCUCUCGCUUGCUCUUGCAUCCGGACCCGCAGACGCACUUGUAAUUAACCAAGUUAUUGCUUCGAGUGUGCCAGUAAAGGCUGGUCAGUACAAUUGGACCAUUCCCCAGAAAGUCAAGGCAAACAAGAAAUAUGUAAUUGAAGUAGGCCAAAAUGCAGAAGAUAUUUCCUUUGUUGGCUGGGUUCAAAUUCUUGAUCCCACAGGUUCGGGCCAUUCCCACAAGACUGUCUCCAGUUCUGCCCGUCCAACCAAAACAACUACACAGCCUCCUAUUGCUUGCGUUACCCUGCCUGGUCUCGGCAAAAACCAUGACGACCAAGUCCGCUGUCACUCCUUCCCUGAACCUGAACAAACAAACGCACCUAAGAAACCCCAGGCUGUGAAGCCAAAGAAACACGGAACCCACAAAGCCAAGAAGAACUCCAAGACCACCACAAAGAAGACUACAACUAAAAAGACCACUACAAAAAAGACUACCACAAAGACAAUUACUCACCAGGCCAAGCAGACAGAUUAUGUACUACCCGCUGGUUACAUAGCAAUCUAG